GAAUCGGCUUGAAAUCUUCUGCAAAUUUUCUCGACUUUCGUUUUCUUUGAAUAGAGUUCCACGGGUUGGCGAAAGGUCUCUAGGGUUUUAGAUCAAAGAUGGAUUGGGGAAACGUAACGGCGGAAGAUUUGAUCGAUGCUCUCCGUGAAGUCGAUUGGUCAUCACCUCCUCGUCCUCUCACCGAGUUCUUCUCCAGAUUCACUAUCCCUAGGUCGUAUGCCAAAUGGAGCAGUCGUCUCAAAUGCAAUCUUUACUAUUAUCGGACAAAUUACUUCAUCAUGAUAAUCUUCAUUCUUGGGUUGGGAUUUCUUAGAAGGCCACUUGCUAUUGUUGCCGCUUUCUUAACGGCCCUAAGCAUUGCUUUCCUGAAUGAUAGUUUUGCAGUUACUUUUAAUGAGAAGGUAACUAGAACUGUGAGACAAUUUUCCCCACAUUUAGCUGCAAAGAUGAGGGCUCCUAUAACGCCUGUUAUUCGUGGGCGUCCAUCAGCUAAAAGAUCAAUUCAUAUAUGUGGACGUCCUCGUUGGAUGUUCGUAUUGCUAUUCUCAACAGCCAGUUGUAUCCUGUGGUUCACAUCCUGUAGUCUCCUUACUGUCCUAUGGGCCAUUGUCAUUGGACUUCUUGCCACUGUUUUGCAUGCAAGCUUUAGAACGCCUAACCUGAAAGCACGCCUGAACACAUUCCGCGAAGAAUUCCGUGCAGUUUGGCGCAAUUAUAGUGAACUCUAAAUGGGUAGUGCAACCUGUGGAAUUGAUGGGAUGGCUGAACUACUGUUGCUGCUGCUGAUACAUAAAGUGGGUGUUGUGUCUGAAAUCUGAAUCCCCUUUGGUACGUGGAGGCUGCAUAUUUGUACAGACCAUUGGGUUGUAAAUCUUUUUCUUUUUGCAGAUCUAAUUUCUGUAAAACCAGUUGUCUUUGUGUCUCAUUUUAUGAACAAAUACUUCAGGAUUGCGAGCUAAAUUAUAAGUUCUUGGGACUGCCAAGGACACAUCCUUUCUGUCUA